AUGGGCCCCCGCACUCCUAUACACACGUGCGCGCCCCAGCCGGGCUCCGCCCGCUCCCCGGCGCCGGGAUUGCGUCCGGCGGGAGGCUCCUCCUUCUCCGAGGGUCGCGCGGCUGCCUGGCGCCCGCUCGGGGCUCGCCGCCAACCUCCGGUUGUGGAGAGCCGCCCUCCCCGCCGCGCGGCCCUGGCCCGCCUCUGCCCUCCGUCCCCGGCGCUCUGCGCUCGGUACCGAACUUCGACAGCCGGGCGCCGCUCGCCACCCGGCAACCCGAUCCCGCCCCCAGUCCCCACGAGCCGCGGUCCCUCCCUGCCGCCCGGCCCCCGGGAGGGGACAAGCCGCGCGAACAGAUUCUUAGGUGGAAGUCCCAACUUUGGGUCCUCAGGAUCUGACUGCAUUCAGAGAGAGGGUCUCCGAACAGGUGACUGAUAAAAAACGAGGCUGUUAGGGUGAGCCCUCACCAGUCUAAGUGGUGCCCUUGUAAGAAGGAAGUUGGACACGCAGAGACGCACAAAGACCAUGUGAGGACACAGCAAGAAGGCGGCCAUCUGCAAGCCAAGGCCAGAGGCCCUGGAGAAAACUAGAUCUGCCAACACCCUGAUUUUGGACUUGCAGAACUGUGAGAAAAUAAAUCUCUGUUGUUUAAGCCACCGAUUCCCUAGGAUUUAUGUAUAGCAGUCCUGGCAAUCUCAUACAACACCCUCUCCCCAGCCCUAAUCCGCGGAAGUAUGCAUCGGUUUUGGUACUGGCUGUGCAUUCUUCUAGAUUCUUCCCGAGCAUUUAUAAUCAUAAGUGAAGAAAUACACAUACAAUUUCUUUCUUUCUUUCUUUCUUUCUUUUUUACAAAAAUAGGAUUUGGCCACAGACACCGUUCCACAGCUAACUUUCUUCAUUCCAUAGGACAUCAUGGGCAUGUUUCCCUGUCAUUAUCUACCCAAGCCUUCUUUUCUUUCGAAUUAAAUUAAAUUACAUUUAAACCAAUUAAUUAACAUGCAGUGUAUAGUUUCAGAGGUGGAGGUCAAUGAUUCACCAGUUGCAUACAAUAACCAGUGCUCAUCCCAAGACAAGCCCUCCUUAAUGCCCAUCCCCCAGCCACCCAA